CUCAGCUGAUGCGACGCUCAUCUUCCUUCAAUUGUUUUUUUCCACAAAUGUUUCCCACUUUUCCCAGAGUAGAACUUACCAUUCCUUUGGGAGCUUUUUUUGUUGUGAAAACGAAUCUCAAUUUUUCCCAACUGAAAAUUGAAACAUCACUUUCAAAUUUUUACAAUGGCAGAAGCUGGACUUGAAAUGAAGAAACUUAAUUAUUCGGUUGACAGUUGCUCCAGUUUUUCCGCUACCUAUUUCCCGGAGAAUAUCAUGAAAGAUUUCCCAACAGAUCAGGCAUCUAGGUGGUCUUCCGAUUCAAACAUACCCCCACAGUUCAUACUUCUUAAAUUGGAGAGGGCAUCACUUAUUGAAAGCAUCACCUUUGGAAAAUAUGAAAAGACUCAUGUAUGCAACCUUAAAAAGUUCUGUAUAUAUGGGGGGCUCCAUCCAGAGAACUUGGUUGAGUUACUUAACAGUGGUCUAAAGAAUGACAAUCAACCAGAAACAUUUUCUCUGAAACAUCUAGUUGAAGGGAAAAUGUUCCCCUGUCGUUUUGUUAAAAUUGUUCCUGUUCAAUCAUGGGGACCCAGUUUCAACUUCUCCAUUUGGUAUGUUGAGUUGGUGGGUACUCAAGACUGGGAAGCAGUUAAACCAUGUAUUCAAUGGUACAAUGCUUACCGGGAAAGAGAGGCAAUAAGAUUGUGCCUGAAACAUCUCAGGCAAAAUCAGUGUCUUGAGGCAUUUGAAUGUUUGCAGAAAAGAACCAAAGUUCAGCUUGAAGAUCCUUUACUCAGUGAACUGCAUUGGGCCAUGGUGGUUAAAGGCGAUUACGAAGCGACCGAACAGUUACUUCAUCGAGCCGUCGACAAUGGUUUAUUCGGUCCGUACAUCCAUUCUCAAGACUAUGUACCAGAGUGGUCAAGAAUUCUUCCGUGUAUCGACGAGGAUCCUUGCCAUCGUCCUGGUAUGAGAGGCGGCCAUCAGAUGUGCAUCGAUACCAACACAGAGACCAUAUAUCUAUUUGGUGGUUGGGAUGGUGUCCAGGACUUGAAUGAUUUAUGGUCUUAUUCAGUACCAAGUAAUUCAUGGACGCUGCUGAGCAAUAAUACUGAAGAAGAAGGUGGGCCUAGUGCCAGAUCUUGUCACAAAAUGUGUCUAGAUCAGGAUCAUCGCCAGCUGUUUUGUUUGGGGCGCUACCUUGACAGUCAACACCGACACACCAAUAAUCUGAAGAGUGACUUUUACAUGUAUGACAUUGAACAAAGAAAGUGGCACCUGAUUUGUGAGGACACUGCUGCCGUUGGCGGCCCUAAGCUGAUAUUCGAUCAUCAAAUGUGCCUAGAUCCUGAGAAGAGAACCAUCUACGUUUUUGGAGGAAGAAUACUCAGCCCAGCGCCCGGCUACCCUGAAGAACGAGGAUUGGCAGUAGCUAGUAGUAGUGGCAUGGCCGGAGCUUUUCUGUCAGAACCUCAGUUUUCCGGACUCUAUGCUUAUCACAUACCAACGAGCACAUGGCGCUUAUUACGAGACGAUCCAUCAGGCUCACCAGGAUUAGGUCCCAUCGAAAUGCGGUCUCGAAUUGGCCACUCGAUGUUAUUUCAUCCGAGCGAACGCAAGUUAUUCAUCUUUGCGGGUCAACGAAGCAAAGAAUAUUUGAAUGACUUUUUUACCUAUAACGUGGAUACGGGUGAAGUGACGACUGUGACAGACGGAACAAGACGAAGAGACCCGGCCCAAAUUCCAGCUGCCGGUUUCACACAACGUGCCACCAUCGACCAUGAGCUCAACGAGAUCUAUAUCCUUUCUGGCCUAAGUAAAGACAAGGACAAGCGGGACGACAACGUCAAAAAUUCCUUCUGGGUUUACAAUAUUGUUGAUAACAAAUGGACGUGUGUCUAUCGAAACGAUAGUUCACGUGAGAAGGAGUCGGACACGAGUAAUAGAGUCCCAGGCGAGGAGCCAUGCCCGAGAUUUGCCCACCAACUGGUUUACGACCAUGUCAAAAAGGCCCAUUACUUGUUUGGAGGGAACCCUGGGCGUUCUAACGAUCCCAAGAUGCGCCUUGACGAUUUUUGGUCACUUCGAUUGUGUCGUCCAAGUCAAGGCCAAUUGCUGACGCGCUGUCAAUUUCUGAUACGCAAAUGCCAGUUUCGCGAGCUGACUGAGGCUGAUCCUAUACGGGCUAUGUUUUAUCUACAGAACAAUUUGUCAGCUGUUGUGGAUCGUACCAAUGACGAACAAAUGGCCGAAUUCCACCAAUUGACCAAUCUUCUCUUCCGCACCGAAGAACAACAGGAAGAAGAUGAAUUGUUAAACGGCAAAGUCGAUGCCGAAUCGACAGUUAAUAGCUCCUAUAGACUUCGAUCGAGUGUUUUCGACGCAUUAGCUCGUUUUUUUCCAGACUACAUGGCUCAACCGAGAUUCAGUCUCACCGACUUUGUCGCGUUUGAUAAGGCUUGAUCACUAAGAUCAAAUGCCUUCUCAAAUGGAACCGCAGCUUAACAUUUCAAUAACCCUUGCCCGAAACGUGUUCAGAUCCCAGGUCUUCACUCAUCUAUACAUCAUGUGCAAAAUCUCUUUUUACCUUCCUAUUUGAAUGCUUGUCGUGAUUCGGCUUGUGCUGCUUGCAUAACUAGCGAUUUUACGAUUACGGUGUAGAAUAUUGUUCAACAUGAUAAUCUGAUUUGAUGAAGAUAUUUUGUUUGUACAAAUUAUACAAAAUGCCUAUUACUUGA